AUGAUAUUCAAAUCGAUCAAUUAUGAAUUGAGGAGGAAAUUGAUUUGUCAGGCAAAUCGCACAGUGCCCCUGAACCGGUUCGACCCCAAGUACGCGUCGUUCGGGCCGCGCGCGCCGCGCCCCCGCCCGCCCGCGCCGCCGCCCGCCCUCGCCACGUUUUCGCCCGACGCGCCGCGCACCGCGCCCGCGCACGCGCCCGCGCCCGCGCACGCGCACGCCCACGCGCACCCGCACGCCGCGCCCGACAAGUACGCCACCGUGCGCCCGCAGCGCCGCACCGACCCGCAGCCGCUCUCUGCUGCGGCACUCGAAUACAGAAGCCUCCAACGCCCAAGACGCCAACCCAACAACAACCAACGCCGGCAACGCCAACAACAACAGCAACAGCAGCAGCAGCAACAACAACAACACGACCAACGCGACCUAUACGCCGUGACGGAGUUGUAG